AUGCGAACUCAUGUUGCCCCUGACGGCGGCAUCCUGGUUGCCGGAUACACUACCGGCGGCCUGGAUGGCCACACGAACGCGGGGUCGCCGAGCGCCGACACCGUCGUCAUAAAGCUUGAUGCCUCAGGAGCUUGGUCCUGGACAGUGCAGCGUGGCACCAGCGCGUAUCACGGGGACAUUUGUACGGCGUUGCAGGUGGCCCCCGAUGGCGGCAUCCUGCUUGCCGGAUAUGCUCACGGCGGCCUGGAUGGCAACACGAACUCGGGGGAUCAGGAUAUGGUCGUCAUGAAGCUGAAUGCCUCAGGAGCUUGGUCCUGGACAGUGCAGCGCGGCACCAGCGGAAGUGACAGCGCCCGUGCACUGCAGGUUGCCCCUGAUGGCGGCAUCCUGGUUGCUGGCAGCACUACCGGCGACCUGGAUGGCAACACCAACGCGGGGGGUUCAGACAUCUUCAUCAUGAAGCUGGACGCGUCAGGAGCUUGGUCCUGGACAGUGCAGCGCGGCACCAGCAUGCACGACAAUCCUGCUGCGAUGCAGGUGGCCCCUGAUGGCGGCAUCCUGGUUGCUGGCGGCACUCAGGGCGACCUGGAUGGCAACACCAACGCGGGGGGUCAUGACAUCUUCAUCAUGAAGCUGGACGCCUCAGGAGCUUGGUCCUGGACAGUGCUGCGCGGCAGCAGCCUUGACGAGGUUGCCAGGGAUAUGCAGGUUGCCUCUGAUGGCGGCAUCCUGGUUGUCGGAGACACUACCGGCGACCUCGACGCUAAUACGAACGCGGGGUCCCUCGACAUCUACGUCAUGAAAUUUGCCACCACCACCACCACUACCGCCACUAGCACCACCACCACCAAGUCGAUGACCACGACCUCUACAAAGACGUCCAGCACCUCGACGACGCGCACGUCGAGCUCUACGGCAACGACAACCAGCUCCUCGACGACUGCCACGUUCACCAGUACCAAAACGUCGAUGACCACGACCUCUACAACCGCGUCCAGCACCUCGACGACGCGCACGUCGAGCUCCACGGCCACAUCCAUGACCGCUUCGAGCACCAGCUCCUUGAGCUUCACCAGCACAUCUUCCAGGACCACCACGUCUAGGAGCUCCAGCUCUUCCAGCACCACUCUGAGCACUUCCACGACCAUCACCUCCUCGAGCACCAGCGCCACCUCUUCCAGCACCACUUCUUCGAGUGUCACCGUCACAUCUUCCAAGACGACCACCAUGUCAAGCAGCGCCACAUCAACCACUUCGAGCAGCAGCAUCACCACCACCCUGUCUAUCACAAGCUCCACCGACACAACCCAAACUGCCACCAUCACCACUGCAACCAUCAGCACAAGCAGCACCUCAACCUUUUCUACGAGCGCCACGACCGUCACCUGUGAAGCUGGCCAGCAUGCAUGCUCCAUCUUCGACUACGGUUCAGACGGCCGGCCAUCCAAAGCACCCAAAGUGCAGUGCCUGAGCAGGUGUUGCGACGACACUGCGUGGACCUGCCUGCCCAACAACUCUUCCGCCAGUUGCUGGAUGAAAGCAGCUGGGCCCUGCCCCCCCCUGCCUUGCGCUGCUGAUGAGAUUCCCUGCUACUCGACACCAUACAAUGCCGCACACUUCAGCUGCUAUGCAGCUGCCGAAGGCUGCCCUUGUGACGAACAGCAGACGGAAUGCUUUAUCCGUGGACAGCACGUCUGUUUUCCAAAGGAGACCUCAUGUCCGGUGGAUUGUCAAGGCCUUCCAGAGUGUCAUCAUGAAUCAGGCAACACGAGCUGCGCAACUAGUACGGGCUGCAGGUGUGAAGACGGCGAGUUUCCGUGCCGGCAGCAGGACUCGAACCUGACCAUCUGCCUCGCGGAGGACUGGUGCCCGAAGACCUGCGAAGAGCACCAGGAACUUUGCGCCCUAACGUCCUUCAAGGACGGGAGGCAGUACAUUACACAGAAUUGCUCCUGGGACACGGUGUGCCCUCGAGUGUGGUGCGACAACGUCACGGCGCGACUGUGCAAUGUCGGAGGUUACGACUUUUGCGUUGAUCGCGGUGCCGAAUGCCCAUGCGCAGACAAAGAGUGCUCUGUGGAGAAUUUCGAUGCACAGGGAAACUUCCUGAGCUUUUCCACGAAAUGUGUUUCCAACAAUGUCCCUUGCGAGUGCGGUGACAAUGCCAAACUUUGUGGAGCCUACUGUGUGCCAGCCGCGGAGGUUUGCUGCGACAACGCCACGAGUCGCUGGUGCUAUGCCCUGUCCCGCACUGCUGAAGGCUCGGUAGAUUUCGCCAAGGAGCCUGAGGCGACCUGUAUGCCGAACUCAGAGCUGUGUGGCUGCGGAGUGAAUACCAAUGCCAAGCCAUGCACAUGGACGGACAACUCCGGGCGCCAACGGCAGCAAUGCGUGUGGGAAGGUGACGACUGCCCGUGCACAAGCAAACAGUGUGUCAAGGUCGACUACAACUCCAGUGGGAGCAUUCGAAACGUUACGAAAGAUUGCGUCGCGAAUGGCGAUCAAUCCCCUUGUGGAGACAAUGCCAUCACUUGUCCUACUCCUGGGCAGGACGACACAUGCUUGCCGCCCAGCGCCGGCCGAUGUCCGUUGAAUUGCCCAGAAGGCGAAGAGAUUUGCUACCGCGUUGGUUUCAACAAUAUGGGCCACCCGUUGCUCCCGCCGCAAGAGGUUUGCGUGCCUCAGGGCAGCAAGUGCGGCUGUGGACAAAAUUCCUUUGAGUGCAAUGCAGGAGAAUGUCUCCCGCUUGUCGGAGGGUACUGCCCCAACUGCCCGGCUGGCGAAGUCCAAUGUCCGGACGUAGUAAACUUCCGCCCGGACGGCACAGAAGAAAGCUCUGUGCCUCCCACGCCUUCAUGUGCCAGCAGCGCAGAGCUCUGCCCGUGUGGGCAAAGCGCGAAGUGGUGCAAGUCCCGAGAGCGCUGCGUUUUCCAGGGCGAAGCUUGCUGCGAAGACCAUGAGAAGCUUUGCACGCUGACGGACUACACCGAAGAUGGAAACGUCACAGGCUCGCAAAGCAUCUGCUGGCCACGGGGCGAAGAGUACAAGUGCCCAUGUGGAGGACAUGCAGUAUGGUGCCCGAGUGCUAAUCAGUGCGUGCCCGAGUUCGCCAAGAAGCAGACAUGCCCGUGCAAUGCGUGGCAAAAGAUGUGUUACGUGACGGACUACACUGAGACAGGCGUGACAAGCGGGACUGCGCCAGCGUGUGUUGACCGUGAGCAAGAUUGCCCGUGUGGGCAGAACUCGCUGACCUGUCCAGAUCCACGGGAUCCAACACGGAUGGAGUGCCCUCCAAGAGUCCAAAGCGGGAUCGCAACUUCAUGUCCGAUGCCAUGCUCAAGGGAGCAAGAGCGUCAAGGAAACCUAACUUGCACUAAGAUUGAUUUCCUCCCGCCAGGGGUCUAUCGACAGAGCACAGGUUGUUUUCCACCUGAUGCUUGCAAGCCGGGCGUGUCAAUGAAGAGUUGUCAAUCCGGAGCAUUCAUACCGGUGUGGUGGAAGUGCGAUCUGAGCCGGACGGCCAACAGGCUCACUACUUCGCAGGUCCUGGAGACUUCACAAGUGACCAUCCGCAUAUGUGAGCGCACAGAAACGGCUUUUGAGUCACUGCCGAAUGUCGCAAUCGAGCUCCGGUCCCUGCUUGAGAUCCCCCAUUGGAUGACGUCGAUCGCAGUGUUCGUUUGGGAAAAUGUUGAGUUCGUGAUCACUGGCCCAGGAAAGAUGAACUCGACAACGCGCCGCUUGCAAGGUGCAAAUGAUUCUGUGUGGGGUUCUCCCGACGACUUGGCCAAUCGCCUGGCACGCGAGGUUAGGCAAAAGAGUGCCCGCGUUGCGAAGACCUUGGCCCCCAUCGGCGAGCUGUGCGGUGAUGCCUUCGUCGCGACAGUUCGUCUCCAGCAAGAGGAGGACACCACCUCCACACCCGGAGAGGAGGACACCACCACCACCACCACCUCCACACCCGGAAAGGAGGGCUUUCAACUUCUCCUCGCGCUGGCUGCCGGUUCUGGGUCCACAGUGGCGCUGAUCAUUGCCUUCGGAAUCAUUUACAAGGGAUGGCGUCGGCCAACACCGAGAAAAGUUGUACAGGAUGACCUCGGCGAGCAAGAGGAAGGGUACGAUCUGGCUGAUCCCCAGAAGCUGGUUGCCUACUUCGUGGAAUGCGACGUCCGGCCAGUGCGCUUGGAGUUCUUGGAGCAGUUGCGUGAGAUGAACAAGCCUUUGCCAAGACGGCAGGAGGCCGAAAGUCUACGGGCGCCUUCGGGUGCUAGCGCCCUGGUCGAGCUGGAUGAGCUGUCAUCACUCCUUUUCAAGGAGAACCAGUUUGUCACGAAGUCGGACAAGGUGAUCCGCUUGGGGUCUUUGUCGCACUGCUGGGAGUCCAGGGAGCACCCUGACCCUUGGAACUUCCAGCUGGCGCAGACAGUAGACCACUUUCGGCACAAGCAAGGCCAACAAUCAGAGAUCUGGAUCUUCAUCGACUACACGUCGCUGCACCAGUACAAGCGCAGCGCUUUUCAGCAGGGAGUCUUCAGCAAGGCCCUCGACCAGAUGCACGUGCUCUAUGCCCAUGAGGCCAUGAAGGUCUACAUCCUCGCCGAGUUGACGCCAAAGGAGGUCAAAGAAGAAAUGGGACAUAUCCGUCCGCACUUGCCAGUGUACAGAGAGGAGCAAGAUGCCGUGGUGGACACUCCCAUCUCAGAGCUCAUCCUGAACGACAACCCAUACGAGAAGCGCGGAUGGUGUCAAGCAGAGAUGGAAUGGGCCAGCCUGCGCGAAGCCGGCGCGCGGGUGCCUCUCCCUCCAGCAGUUUUCGCGAAGAAGAUGGACCAGAUGAAGUUCACGCAUCGGAAUGAUACCGACUGCGUCAAAGAACUCCAAUCAAAAGUCUUCUUGGAGAAGAUUUCGAAGACGCAGUUCUUGAACUUGAGGGGUCUGGAGUCCGAACAGGUCGAAGUUCUCUGCAAGGCACUUCCGCACUACAGAUUCUUGAACGCCAUCACGGUUGCCGACACGUCUCUAGGAUGUCAGGGAGUACAAGCGGUGAUGAGUUGCCGUGCUCGACACGUCUACCUCAUAAACUGCGGGAUUGGAGACACGGAAGCUGCGGUCAUUGCGGACAUACUCUCUUCUGGGACCGCAGUGGAAGAGUUAUCCCUUCGAGACGCACAGGUGACAUCAGAGGGCAUGGCUCUCCUACAGCAAGGCCUGGCAACCUUCCGAACGGUCACGAUGGACGUGAACGGAAGACGUCUGUCCCAGGUGCUGGCUCCUGCUGGUCCUGCUGGUGCUGUUUGCGCACGCGAGCUUCCGAAGCUGCCGGGGGAGGUCGAGAACAGCGACGUGGAUUUGCGAGACACGGAAUGGUAUGCACAUUACCUCCAGUCGGUAUUCAGUGCAAUACAAGGAUGUUAUGAUGAUGGCGCAACAGGAAUUGUGCUCAUGGCAAUCUGUCCGAGCUCGUUCGAGUGGUGCUGCCUGCAAGAAGACUUGCGUCGCGCCGAGACUGAGCAAAGUUAUCCUUUCUACAGCAAGGGACUGGAGAUCACACCCCUCAAUGUGAUCAGUUCGCGCACGGUGGCCCUGGAGUGCUUACGUGACGAGCUGCUGUCGGCGUCGGCAGACGGCAAGUUUGUUAUCAUAGCGUCCUGCACUGAGAAAGACUCCCAGGAGGCAAUCACAGUCAUGAAGGAGCACAAUGCCAAUCGAGAAGCAACCCACGGACCGGUCAGAGGAGCAUGGUCCCCAUCCGAACGCCUGCUGUAUGUCGAAAGCGCGGACCAAGGUCCCAGGUCUGCGACAGCACUACCUGAGGGCUGCCCACAUACUUUGGUUUGA